GUGGCAGUGAAAGUAAUUGACAAGAAAAGAGCCAAAAAGGACACCUAUGUCACCAAGAAUCUGCGACGGGAAGGGCAGAUCCAGCAAAUGAUCCGCCACCCAAAUAUUGCUCAGCUGCUGGAUAUACUGGAAACGGAAAACAGCUACUACCUUGUCAUGGAGCUGUGCCCAGGUGGCAACUUGAUGCACAAGAUCUAUGAGAAAAAAAGACUUGAGGAGCAUGAAGCACGCAAAUAUAUCCGGCAGCUUAUCCUGGCAGUUGAACAUCUUCACCGAGCAGGAGUAGUUCACAGAGACUUGAAGAUAGAAAAUCUGUUGCUAGAUGAAGACAACAACAUCAAGCUUAUUGACUUUGGAUUGAGCAACUGUGCAGGCAUCUUGGGUUAUUCUGAUCCAUUCAGCACCCAGUGUGGGAGCCCAGCAUAUGCAGCCCCUGAACUUCUGGCAAGAAAAAAAUACGGGCCCAAAAUAGACGUUUGGUCCAUUGGGGUGAACAUGUACGCGAUGUUGACUGGAACAUUACCUUUUACUGUGGAGCCGUUCAGCUUGAGAGCUUUAUACCAGAAAAUGGUGGACAAAGAAAUGAACCCUUUUCCCACCCAGCUUUCUACAGCGGCCAUAAACUUUCUACGAUCUCUGCUAGAGCCAGAUCCUGCAAAGAGACCAAACAUCCAGCAGGCACUUGCAAAUCGAUGGCUUAAUGAGAAUUACCCUGGAAGAGCACCACCUAAUGUCACGUAUCCAAACAGGAUUCACCUUGAGGACCUCAGCCAAAGCGUGCUGCUCCAUAUGACCGAGAAGCUUGGCUACAAGAACAGCGAUGUUAUCAACACUGUGCUCUCAAACAGGGCAAGUCACACACUUGCCAUCUACUUUCUACUUAAUAAGAAGCUGGAGCGCUACUUGGCAAGCCUCAGGAAGUCUGAAGGCCCGGAUAAUAUUUGCCACAAGAACCAGCUAUACCAGAUAGAAAAAUACAAGGCAAAUAAAGACUCCUUUGAGAUACAUAGCACCAAGGCUCUGCUGAAGGACCGGAAAGUCACCAGGGCUGGAGGUCCAGAGAAAGACUCCAGCGGUGGGGUGAGCCCUUUCCUCGACCCCCUGGCAGCCAAGACGGGCUGCGUCACUUCCAGCUCGCUGGAGUACCUCGAGGUCCAGCAGCCGCCCCCCCGGACCCCUCGGCUCCUCAAGAGGCAGGAGUCUCCGCAGCAGGAGCCGGCCCGGAUCGGGGGCCGGGCAAAGGACUCUCCUCUCAUCCUGAAUAUUGUGCACUCCUUCGAGUCGGUUGACAGAGAGGACCAAAUAGACCAGGUUUCCCCCUCUCAUCAGUACAGGAUUUUAGGCUCGCCGAUGAAUUUCCCUUACAAAAGCUCAAGUGAAAGGACACUGUCCCCACUUUUUCAGCCAGGGAGCACCUCCCCCGUCCACCCCACCCAAGUCUCUUUCACGUAUGAAGAAAAAGCAUACCCGGCAAAGGAAGAAGCAGCGUCCCCUACUCAGCUGGUUUCCAACAACCCCUUGGGCAGCCCUAACUGUGUUAAAAGCAGAGGCAGAUUCCCCAUGAUGGGGAUCGGACAGAUGCUGCGGAAGAGGAACCAGACGAUGCAGUCGGCGAACGACAAGCCGCUGGAAGCGAGGAUGCCUCAGCUGCAGCAGAUGAGCCCCACGCAGAUUUCCUUCAAUGGAGCAGAUGCUGUCAGCGGCCAGUGUUAG